CAAUUAUACUAAAAUCUUACAGAAGUAACUACUGUCAUUCGGCCACAGUAUAAAUUAACAAAAACAAUACUUAUUUGUAUAACAAUACUUAUUUGUAUUUGCAGUUAGGUAUUUUAAAACAACUGGAAAUUAAAAUGAAAGAGUUAAUAAUCAUUGCCUUCUUGACUUUAAUAGUAUUAAGUGAGGCGAGACCAAGUGACAACCUCGUUGAUACAAAAGCUUCUCUCAAGACUGGAGGUCAUGCACGAGUACGCCGACGGUUCAAUUACGACGACUACAUGGACAAAUUUUGGGAUGAAUUGGAUAAGAAUGAGAACAGCAACAUGUUGAAUAUAGGCAAUGGAUACAAGAACAAGAACACGGUGCACAUUAGCGGGAAAAGACACGGUUACGGUAUGGUCAAUAUUGGCAAUGGAUCUAAGAACACUAACACUGUAUACUAUGGUGUGAAACCAAUCAAUGGAGACCCGUUCGAUGACCCUUUUUUCAAACAUUAACAAGUGAUUUUCAUGUCAUUUGAUACAAGUAUAAAAUAAACAUUAGUUCAAACUUAUAAAGUUUUAAAAUAAAAUGUUUCGAAUUUGUGACUUCAUCGACUGCCAUUAUUAUUAUUAUAGGACUAAAAAGUGAAUACAAAUAUAAGAAAACUAAUUUCGAACAAAGGUUAUGAUUCACAACACUUGUCAGGACAACUUAAUUAACAAAUCAAACUGUAAUCAAAAUAAGACCCUAGAAUGGCAGAGAAUGACCUUGAGUAAAGUCACGUACUUAUGAAUGACGUGUGUAGGGUUAAAGGAUCCUUUGACUGAUAUCAAACACUCCCCUUUUCCACUCAAGUCACUCUCCCCGCCUAUCCCAAGCAACCCAUAAAGAAUUACACAACAAGAGAUGUGGACGGCUUGAACGCCACGAGCACACUGAAGCCAACACGAGAUCGAGCGACGUCAUAUCCGUCACAGACUACUAUUUCCAACACUAAACGUCGAUAACAUUAUGUAUUAAACCUUUGAGAGAUCUAUCAAAUGAUAAGUAUAAUAUACUGAUGAGUAACCA